AUGUCGAUUUCCGUCCCACUCCCUAUCCCGACGAACUCACACGAUGCUGUGCCACCUUCAACGCUUCCCGAAAAGGAGCAAACGUUAUAUGACUGUGUCCUCGAACACUUCUCUGCAGCAGACUAUACGCUUCCGAAUAUCAACCAGGAGGGUGCUGCACUAACAGUGGAUGAAAAAUUCUGGCUGUCGUAUGAAUGUCUUCUGAGAUAUCUACGUGCUACCAGCUGGAACGCGGAUGCGGCCAUCAAACGCUUAGAAGAUACGCUCAAAUGGAGACGUGAAUUUGGAAUCUACGACAAAAUUACUCCUGAAUAUGUUGAACCAGAGGCAAGAAACGGCAAAGCGUUUAUCUUCGGCUGCGAUACUCACGGUCGACCUGCCAUCUACAUGAGUCCCUCGAAGCUAAGUGCCGAAGAGUCAUUCCGUACAAUCCAGUUCAUUAUCUGGAUGAUCGAACGCGCCGUUGACCUUAUGGGACCAGGUGUUGAGACGCUUGCGGUGCUGGCAGAUUAUGCAGGCAACACCAGAAAUCCAUCAUUUGGUAUGGUCCGAACAAUAGUGGACAUCGUCCAAACACACUAUCCAGAACGCCUCGGCCUUGUGCUCAUCGCACAUCUUCCCUGGCUUUUGAACACAUUCUUUAAACUACUCAUGGCAUUCAUGGAUCCCUACACCCGGCAGAAGCUGGUCUUCAACCCUGUCAUCAAUGAGAAUGGUGUUUUCCGGACGACUGCAGACGCUGAAGUAUGGGAAGCUCAGGCUGACAGCACUUUACGAGUAUUCGAACCGGACCAGCUUAUCCAGGAGGGUUGGAACGGCACCCAGCCGUUUGUCUAUUCCCAUGCCGCUUACUGGGAAGCGCUAGUGACGCUAUGCGAGGAGAGGCGGUCUAGGAUGGUUGCAGCGUGGCAUUGCAUGGGCGGGAAAGUUGGUAUCAAGGAAUGGGACGUUAAGGCUGCUGUCAAAGACGAGACUAUAAAAGGGAUUGACGGAGAAUGA